AUGGCUAUGCUUGAGCGGAGUACGGACGAGCUAAGGCACACUGACGCCCUCUUCGUCCUCGUUAGCUCGUCGGACACGCUCUCCUACAGAGUCUUUCUAUCAGUGCAUCAAGACAGCGGGACAAGUCUCCGACGGACGCGGGAAGCAUGCAUAAAUGCUCCGGUGCACAACGUUCCCACGGACGUCAGGCGGCACGGCACAGAUUUGCCUCGAAGCUCGUGCCGGGUCUGA